AUGUCGGCCACCGGCUUCCUUCAGUUGCUCUGCUGGGCUUGGCUCGUCGUCGGGGCGACCGGGGAGGGUUUUGGAGGAGACGACUUUGCGAAUAAUCUGUUUUCAGACCUUGCGCCUGUCCUUGCCCUAUUUGGCGAGAAGGUGACGAUGCAGUUCAUGAGCCAGAGCAUGGGAUGGGCCGACAACAUCAUACUGGCCAUGGUGCCGCUGGGCAUCAUGACCGCCGUGGUUGGUGCAAUCCGUGUCGGAGGCCCGACCUGGCUCAAGGCUCUCAUCGGGAGGGCAUGGGAGAGCCGUGCGAUUGUAGAGUCGGAACUGAUGUCGUCCACCUCCCAUGAGGUUUCUGAGCUCUGGAACGGCCAACAGAUUGUCAGAAUCAUGGGCGAGGGUGAAAUCCGGGAGUUCAUCAUCCUCGUGGGUGACGAUUCAGACCCCACUCUAAGCGAUGAAGCUGGGGGCGUUCUCGGCGGCGAAGCCCCAACGCGCACACCGAGUGUUCAUGCCCAAGCCCACCAGGGCCAUGAUGCUGAAGAUGACGAUGGUUAUGUUGCUGAAGACGACGAGGUUUAUAACGUCGAAGACAACCAGGAGGCGCCUGCUGUCGCCGACAACGAGGAUUCUAACGGUGCUGAAGUCCACGAGGACCAAGACGCUGAAACCUACGAAGGUCAUGAUGCUGAGGCGAACGAGGAUCCUUAUACCGAAGACAGCCAGGGUUAUAACGUUGAGUACGACGAGAGUUUUGUUUCCCGACACAACGAGGAGAUCAAAGCCUGGGGCCUCGACGCUGCUCCAACCCUCGAGAUUAUGGAGCUCAGAGACGACGAGAAAAAGAAACACAUCGCCGAGUACAGCCGUUUUUCACCUCACCGGAAAGCUAGGCGGAGAAAACACCGCAUGCCCACCGUUUUCGGCGAUCGGAAACAAGCCAGGGCGACAGACAUCGAAAAGUCCAUGCCGGCCGGGGAUCCUGACGAGAUAUCCAAGCGCCCGGUGGCAGUCGUCCGCAAUACAGCGGUCCAUUCCCCGAAUAUGUCGCUAAACGUUGGAAGCAUGGCAACCACCCGAGAAACCUAUGUGGUUGCCGCCUUCGGGACGCUUCUCCAGGCAUGCUUGCUCGUGUAUGCCGGACUGACGGCGACAUAUUUUCGAGACAACACCCAACUCCAGAAAGAACCGCCGGACGGUUACGCUUUUCCUUGCAUGGUGGUGGGGACUGUGAUGCUAGUGUUGGGUACUGCGAUUUGUGGCCAUGUUGUGGAAAGCAGCACCUCGGAAAGACGAUACCGUGCAACGGGGGGGAAAGAAGCUCGAGUUGUCUGGCUGCAGCGAUCCGGCACCUUCAACGACCAGGCCUUCAAGUCAUUUGCCAUUUUUCCAACCAAGGCUCAACGCGCUAUAGUAACUUCGCAAAGGUCAAGGCUGGAACGAAACUCGGCGUCUGAAGAGCCAUCCGUGGGGACAGCCGUAGAGGUGACUACCACGGUGGCUACCGUGCUCACUCUCUGCGGUUUCGUGGUCCAAUUUGUGGGACUACGUGGGAUGGACUGGACUGUCGCGAUCGCCCAGCUUGCCGCCACUCUUCUCAUGGCUGCCCUUCGAUCGUUGGUUCGCCGCAACCUUGCCGAGCGCCCCAACUCCGAACCAGUACCUCCCGAGCACGAACUGGACUGGCUGGCAAUGACGCUUGCGUACCAUUCGAAUGCUCCAUGGCUUCACCCCGACAAGCGUGAAUGGGAUGGCGAAGGGCGUGCUACGCACACUAGGCCCUGGAAGGACCAAGGCCGUUGGGAUUACCGGAUCAUCCCCGUUCAAGAGCCAAAGAAUACUGCAGCUGGAGGCCCCACUAGCGUUGGCAAGUCGAGAGCACACCAAGCGAUGUUGAUCAGGCGAGAUCUUGGAGCAUUAGCAGGCUGGCGAGGGCCCGCCUCGGCGGAAGCCGUUGGUCUAGCUUCUGCAAUCGAGAUCGCCUUGGAAACCCUCCUCGGCCGUAGUGGCCAAUGUGGCGAUACUUUGAUCUGGCACCUCACGUCCUCGAGUUGCGGCGUUCAUGAACCCGUCGUGUUCCGUGCAACCCGAGAGGAGAAUUCCUGGAAAACCUGCGCCGAUGACAUUGAGGCUGCUCUCUCGCUUUGGUUAUACUCUGUUUACCACCAAGAGAAAAGCAAGGAGGGUGAAGCCGCCCAUGGCCCCAGAAGAAGGUUGGCAGGCACCACUCAGUCACAGAAUAAGUUUGCGCAGGAAAAGGAAAGUCUCAUACUACUGGGCUCGUUUGAUGCCAGAAUUCUGAGACGAGACCUGAGUUUGUGGUUGCCCGACAACAGUAUUGAGAACAUAAUUGAUGUCGACAAGUGUACAGACGAGGGGCUGGGCAAUCCGAUCAAGACGCAUCGCAUCGUUGGGUUCGCACAGAACACUAGCGGCCACCCCCCUACAGAGACCGACGAGUGGAUAUACUGGGCCCGACAACUCAUGUAUGGGAUAGCCAAGGAGGCAACUCUGGCGGUGCAGCUACCAAUGGACCUCAAAAAGCUCUACGUCCACCACAUAUUCUCCGCCUUCAUGUGGGCUGCUUCGGAGAAAGCCGCAGAGAGACACUGCGCCUUGUUGGGGGCUCUAGUCUUCGGAACGGAAGUAGAGAUACGGUCAUUCCUCGAUCCUGAAACACAAUACCGGUAUAACCAUGCGACGGAUCAACUCUCCAACAAAACACUCUCUGCCCUGGCCCAACAACUCGAAACUACCGGCGUCCUUGGCUCCGUCGACGAGGUUUACUAUGGCAUUCUCCCGCCCCUGAGCGCAUGGAAUUUGCUGCCGCCCGUCCACGUCAUUCUCAAACGCGGGCUAGAGGCCGUGCACCAUUUCGAGCAGCAAGGCGACUGGAGGAGAGUCAGCCUCACAUGCGUAGGGCUUCUGAAGAAAACAGCCUUGUUCCACCGCGACAACAGGACUGACGUAGCGUCAGAGGCCACGGCGCUCGUGAUGGAGCUUCUGAGGGUGCUUACCGAAACAACCAACUUCCGGAAGGGCCAACUCGUUAACGACGACACAAAAAUUCACCAGCUCGUCGACUCUAUAACAUGGGCCAGCGCCCAAGUGGCAGCGGACAAUGACCUCUCCAUUUUUCCCCGCCUGAUGGGCUUAUAUAAAUGCCAGGGCCGUCUGUGGAAAUGCGACUUGGUAGGGGACAUUUCGGACUACCCUACGAUACUGCCCGGUGAAUUCGGCUUCGAGACCUUCCACAAGGCUGCUUGUGAUGAUGUUGUUCCCGAGAAACUGCGUCACGGAUGGAUGGUGAAGCAGGCCGUAGAUCGCCAGGACUUUCUUGGCUGGACGCCGAUGCACUACGCCGUUGCUCGCGGUUCGCAGGGCGUACUCGGCUAUGUGAUGAGAUGGGGAGCCGAUGUCAACAUCCACGACGUCCGCCGGCGAACCCCGCUCCACUAUGCGUACUGCCACGACGACGCCGAGGUUGUCAAAAAGCUCCUGCGGGCGGGAGCAGACGUCAACGCCAUGGAUGCAGGCGGGAUGACGCCGCUCCACGACGCGGCCAAGCACGGUGCGGCAAAGGUCGCGGCGGCACUCAUUGAGGGUGGCGCCGACAUCGGCCUUGCCGACUACGGAGGUAGAACGCCAUUAGCAUGGGCUGUGUGGAGCGGGCACGCCGACCUCGCGAGGAACCACCUCUGGGAUCCGAGCAGCAAAAUACAGAGUGACAGCUAUGGCCGCACGCCCUUGCACAUGGCGGUCACGUCGGAUGAAAGCCUUGGGAAAGACUUCGGCGAAGUGUUUGGCUUCCUAGUGCCCACUAUCGACAUGGAUGCCGAAGACAUGCGGGGUUAUACACCUUUGCAUGUUGCUGCAAUCAAGGGGCAUUUGUCGGCUGUGCAGUGGCUCUCAUCGAACGGCGCAAACGUCCAUGCGAAGGAAGGUGGAUGGUACUAUGUCGGUCGAGGAUGGAGGCGCAAUCUGGUCAAGCCGGGUCUCACGCCUCUUUAUCUCGCCAAGCUCAUGCUAAAGAGGGCUAAGAAGAAGCAGGAGGUGGAAGAUGAGACGAAUGAACAAGUGUUUGAUCAGUCAGACUAUGUGCGCUGGGGCGGAGGGUGGGAAUCAGACUAUAGCGCGUCGUACGAAGGGGACAGCGACAUAGAUGAGUACGGGAACAUGGUGAAAGGUUAUAAACGGCGCUAUGAACUGCAACCCGGCCCGGAUGCCAUCAAGGGACUAGAGGCCGUCAUUCAGGUCCUUCUGAAAUUUGAACCGGGGCAAGGGGAAGACAUGGAUGAUGACCAGGAUAGCACCGAGGAUCAGAGUGAUAUAUGGGGGAGUGAUGAGGAGCGCGUUGACGAGGCUGAGGGUGUCGAAGAAGGUAAUGGCGAGGAGGGUGAUAACGAGGAUGGUGAUGCCGUGGGAGUUGACGACAAGGAUGGGGACGAUGGGCACACAAUGUCCAUGUCGGCAAUGGGUUUCUGCCACAUUCCUCUUUAUCACCAGGUCGCUUGUCAGGUGUCCUUUGGAGCUGGCAUCUCGCGGCGCCAGCGGAGGGAGAAUAUUCAGCCUUCCGUGCCACACUCGCCUUGGCACUCCGUCAUCCCGGUCCCAAGGUUACAUGCUGGGUGCAUCAUCGAAUCACAGUCAUACCCAGACUCCCUUCCCCGCGCGGAAAGACAUGGUUCGUAUUGUGGCGCGCCGAUAAGCUCAGAAAUCAGACAUGAUGUUCCGCCGGGACGGGCAGGUGACAUUGCCCUUUUAUCGCCAAGAAUGCAACCAGAAGAGAUACCCGUGGAACGGCGGCCUUCGAAUAGGGACGAGGGCGAUGAGGACCGACUCGCGCAAUUCGGAUACAAACAAGAGCUGAAGCGGGACUGGGGACUGGCGCACAACUUUGGGGUCUCCUUCUCAAUCAUCAGCGUUAUCACUGGCAUCUCUACCCUCUUCUCGUAUGGGUUAAACACCGGGGGUCCGGCUGUUAUGUCCAUCGGCUGGAUCGUCGUCUCCUUCUUUACCCUCCUCGUCGCCAUCGCCAUGGCCGAGGUCGUCUCCGCCAUUCCGACCAGCGGCGGACCCUAUUUCUGGUCUGCCAUGCUCGCGCCCCCGCGCUGGUCACCGUUCGCAGCGUGGCUCACGGGGUGGUACAACCUCCUCGGCCAAGUAGCCGUAACCACGGGCAUAACCUUCGGCCUCGCCAACCUGAUCCCCACGGCCAUCACGCUCAAAAACCCCUCCUUCACCCCCACCCCAUCCAUCACCAUCGGCAUCUACGCGGCGCUGCUCCUCUCCCACGCCGUGGUCAACACCUUCGGCGUGCGCAUCCUGCGGCACCUCAACAACGUGUCCAUCGCGCUGCACAGCGCGGGCAUUACGGCGCUGUGCAUCGCCGUGCUGGCCAAGGCGCCGACCCACCAGCCGGCGUCGUUCGUGUUUGGCCGGUUCCAUGACGGGACCGGCGCCGAGGGCGCCGAGGGGUGGAGCGGCCGCGCGAGUGCCGUGUAUGUUGCGGUGUGCGGCGCGCUGCUGUCGCAGUAUACGCUGACGGGGUUUGAUGCGUCGGCGCAUUUGAGUGAGGAGACGCGAAGGGCGAGUUGGAGCGCGCCGAUUGGGGUGGUGUCGAGCGUGGGGUUUAGUGCCUUGUUUGGUUUUUUUGUGUUGAUGGCGUUGUUGUUUUCGGUGCAGGACUUUGAGAGGACGCUGGAUAGUGUGUAUGGGCAGCCGGUGUUGCAGAUCUUGGUGGAUGUGGCGGGCGAGAAUGGGGCGUUGGGGUUGUUUUGCUUGAUUAUGGUUGUUGCCGUUGGAGUUCUGACCAUCUUUGCCGUCGGCUCCUGGGUACUUUGGGCACAUCGGUGGUUUACAGGGCCCUCUGCGGAGGUGGCAGAGGCGAUGAGACAGGGCAUUGACAUUACCGAGCCAGGUGCAUUCGAAGAGGGGGAGAAACGUGAAAGCAACGAACCGGGAGGAAAGUCAUCAGACUAG